ACGUCUUUCUAUAGCUUUAGACGACAGAAAUGACGGUCACUCAUAAGCGGCCGCAGAAGCAGCAGGAAACCGCUAAAGCACCUGAUUAUCAACCAGGUAUUAGAUUUCAUUGCGACGCAUGCGCGAGGGAUAUCACACAAUCCGUUAGAAUGCGCUGUGCGGAGAGUAGCACGUGCGAUGAGGUAGAUUUAUGCCCACCUUGCUUUUUAGAAGGAAAGUCAAUUGGGAAACACAAACCCUGGCAUCCAUACCGAGUCAUAGAGCAGCAUAGUUAUCCUAUAUUUACAGAUGAUUGGGGUGCAGAUGAGGAGUUACUCUUACUUGAAGGCUGCCAGCUCUAUGGACUGGGAAAUUGGUUAGACGUUAGCGGACAUAUCGGUAGCAGGUCUAAAGAGGAAGUAGCAGAACAUUACCAUAGCGUAUACCUCGCAUCUGAUGAUUGCAUGCCCCCACUUGAUGCAGAUAUAAAGAUAGAUCCGGAUACCUUCCAGGCAAGAAAGAAAGCACGCUUUGAAGAGUUGGGUAAUAAACCUGUAGAAAUUCCUCCACCAAAGACCAAACCAUUGACUUCUGCACCAACAAAUCAUGAAGUUGGAGGAUAUAUGCCUGGUAGACUAGAAUUCGAGCAUGAAUUAGAGAAUGACGCUGAAGUUUUAAUAAAAGAUCUCGAAUUCGGCUUAGUACAUGGUUUAAAAGGUGACAGUCUACCUGAUCCGCGUAGACCUGGUACUAGUAGCGUUAAAUUGGAAAAUGGUGAUCAAGUCUCCAUUCAUGAUUUACCUCCAUCAGCCGCAGAAGAAACAUUAGAAGAUGAGCCUCAGGCUGAUUUACAACUUAAACUAGCUUUGAUGGAUAUAUACAAUAGCAGAGUUGAUAAGCGUUUGCUAGGAAAGCGCUUGAUAUUCGACAGAGGUUUACUGCAACAUAAAAAAAUCCAAGCAAUUGAGCGGAAGCGACCGCGUGAUGAGCGAGAUUUGGUUAAUAAGUUGAAACCAUUCGCUAGAUUACAGUCAGCACAGGAGCAUGAAAGAUUCGUUGAUGGAUUGGUGUAUGAAAUGACUUUGAGGAAACGUAUUAAUGAAUUACAAGAGUAUAGAAGGAUGGGAGUUACUACAUUUGCGGAUGCAGAGAUGUAUGAGAAAGAUAAAGCUGCAAGGGCUGCAUUUAAACCGAUACCUGGACGUGAGCAGCUCUUACAGAGCACUAAUAGUACGAAUAACGGAAGGAGAGAUUCUAAGAAAGGUGAAGAAUUCUCUAGGGAGUCAACGCCAUCAAUUCGUACGAUAAAAAAGACUCCUGCAUCACUAGCCGUCGCUCAAUCUCUCUAUCUACUCAAUGAAGACGAGCAAAAGCUUUGUCAAAGCGUGAAGAUGCUACCUAAACCCUACAUGGUUAUAAAAGAGGCACUAUCUAGGGAGUACUACAAAAGAUUAGGACAACUGAAAGUCGAAGAUGCUAGUAAAUUGAUAAGUAGCAUUGAAGAGAAUAAGAUAAGAGAAAUAUACAGCUUCUUGCUAAAAAAUGGAUAUUUGAAUAGUUAUUUUUGUAAUAUACCCUCAUAA